UUACUCCUUGAAUGAAAGUCAGUGACAAACACACAGUCAAGAAGAAAGGAGAGGAGAAGAAAAGAGGUGUUACAUGUAGCGUCACCGUGCUCUGACCACUGUUCCGUGAUUGACUAGACACCUGGAUGUGAAAAAGUAUCAACAGUCCUGCUUUUACCUCCAGUCUCUGCUGCCCUGAGUCCGAUGGCAAAGCAUGACCCGAAGGACCCCCCUCCUCCUUACUACUCUAUUGACGUGCACACCCAGCCCCCCCUCAAGUCCUACGAGGAGGUGGUGUACGGUGUGGGUCCAGGCCUGACACCCCCCAACCAGCCACAUUACAUACCCCAGUAUCCACCACCUGUGGUUGUUCACCAAGUCACACAGCCAGCCCCCAGUAAUAAGAGGAGGAGAUGCUGUGAGAGUAAUUCCCAGUGUUACGGAGGGUCAGGGGGAGCCUUACUGGUGCUUGCUCUGCUGGCACUGGCCAUCUGGCUUGGAGUUCGUUAUGGCACCAGGCUGUCAACAACAGUGACCAUUUACAAUGAGAACAAUGAUGACAGAAUUGAAGAUCCGUUGCCAAUUUUCGACACCUGCCCGAACAAUACAGUCCAGUGUGAUGGGAUAGUAGACUGCAAACUGGGCAGUGAUGAAAAUAAUUGUGUGAGGUUUGGUGAGGGCAACAGUCUGCAGGUCAGGACGUCUGAAGAUGGCCGCUUCCUACCAGUGUGCUACAAAGGCUGGGACGAGAGAUAUGCAGAUCAGACCUGCACUCAGCUGGGGUUCAGAAAUUCUUAUGUCACCAAAGCAGCCAAAUCCCAGACCCAGUCCAUUGGUUUAACAUUGACCAGCAGAUCGUCGUCACUUAUCCAGGGUGCGGUAAAAGUCAGUUCUUCCUGUCCAUCCCAGGAAACCGUCUCCCUGCAGUGUGUGGACUGCGGUCAGCAGCAGUCUACAUCCCGGAUCAUUGGGGGUAGCAUAGCUAAGACAGGUCAGUGGCCUUGGCAGUUGUCGCUCCACUUCAGAGGAUCCCAUAUCUGCGGUGCAGUUCUCAUCUCUCCUGUUUUUGCGGUGACUGCUGCCCACUGCUUCCCAAGCAAAGCUUUGGCUCCCUCAACACAGUGGAAAGUGUAUGCUGGAGUGGUGUCCCAGGACAAUCUACCUCAGCCUUACCUGGUUGAAAAGAUCCUGCUCAACGAGAAUUACAACAGCAGGACUAAUGACCAAGACGUCGCUCUGCUCAAAUUUACAUCUCCAGUUGUUUUCAAUGAUAAAGUUCAGCCAGUUUGUCUGCCAACUUCUGGCCAGCAAAUUCCCCCAGGACAGAAAUGCUGGACCUCGGGCUUUGGCACCACUGAGGCAGGAUCAGGCACUGUCUCCAAGGAUCUGAUGGAGGUGUCCGUGGACAUCAUUGAUACACGAGUGUGCAACAGCCCCCGGGUGUAUGGAGGCGCUGUGACCAGGAACAUGAUCUGUGCUGGGAACCUGGAAGGAGGCAAAGACUCAUGUCAGGGGGACAGCGGGGGACCUCUGGUAUGUCAGGGAGACAGCCGUUGGUUCCUGGUGGGGAUCACGAGCUGGGGAGCUGGCUGUGGUGAAAGAAACAAGCCUGGCGUCUAUACCAAAGUCAGUAGUGUUCUGCCCUGGAUCUACAGAAAAAUGCAGGAAGUGAAGUGAUGUCCCUUUGUGUCCUGCGGGUGCUCCGCCCCCCCCCUCCCCCCCUGCACUAUGAAGUUGUCUUGUGUAGAUAGAUGGACUAACAAACAGAUGAAGAAAUUGAUGAGGAGUAAAUGUGGACGGAAAGACAGACGGAUGAAAGGUCGGGGGAGUGGCAGCAUGACAAAAUGCACAGGUUUAAACACAGGACCUCUGUCUUGGUGUCCUGCAUCAUCUACAGUAUACUCAUCCUCUGUCACACGUAUGUGUUGUGUAUUGAUACACACUAAUCGAU